AUGGCGGUGUGGGUGUGGUUGGCGGCAUUGCUGUGUGGCUCUCAAGCUGCAGUGCUACCACCACCAUGGGCUGAUGUGAAGAGGAAUCCGUGUGCAGCAUUGCCAAGAGGAUGGCUCAUGCUGUACUGGCCAAAGGACGGAAAAUGCUACACCAUUUAUAAGAAAGGACACCCAUGUGCAGAAACCCAAGAGCUGAGUCCAGGACGAUGGGGCGGGCGGACUAUAGCGGAGUGCAAGUGUCCUCCCGGCACCGCCCAGCUCCCUCACACCAACACUUGCCACAAACUCUUCGAGAAGGGUCCCUGCAGGCCAGGGGAGUACUUCGCGCCCGUCGAGGAGUCAUUCAACAAAAGAGGUGAACGCCAAGGUAUGUGCGUGAGACCUCAACAGUGCGCUGAUGAGACCUUGGUCUACUGGCCUGCUGACGGCAAAUGCUACUACCGGAGUACCCAAGGUCCUUGCUACCCUGGGUCAGUAUUGGAAGCGGGAGAAGAUGGCAUUGCUAAUUGUUCAUGCGAAAUCUCCGGUCCUCACUACUGGCCUGCUGAUGGUAGCUGCUACCCCCAUUAUACAAGAGGUCCCUGUGAGAAGGGACAGCUAUUCCUGCCGGGACCUAAGUGUGGCUGUGAGAGCCAUCUACCUCAUUAUCAUAAUGAAACUGGAGCUUGUUAUGAAUUAGAUUCUCUGGGCCCAUGUCCAAGAGGUCACACGUUCUCCAUAGCCGAGGUCGCUCCUCACGGCUCCCGAGCUGAAUGUAGAUGCAAGAGCUUCCAUGCUCGUGCUUCUGAUGGAGUGUGUUAUCGACUGUACACCAGAGGACCUUGCGCCCAAGAUGAGAUGAUUGCUAGAGGCGGACGAUGUACUAAGGUGCCUUGCGCUAGAGGUCGUCUGUAUGUACCAGAACGUCGUCGCUGUUAUCGACCUGGUACUCCUGAACCAUGCCCAGCUGGUGAAGUCGUGGCUUUCGACUUUGAAGCUCGACCAGCGAUAGACGGACUAAGCCAUAAUGGGGUGUGUGCAUGUGGAAAUGGGGCUUGCAGUCGGCGCGAGGUGCGUUUAGACGUGGAAGCCUGCACCACACGUCGUGGCACAGCCCCCUACAAUGGAACCUGUCACAUCCUGAACACACAAGGUCCUUGUCCAGAGAACUCCUGGCUCAUGCGAGACCAUAAAAACAAUAUCAGGUGUAAGUGCAUGCCAGGGAGGAUCCCGCCCAACUGUGACGAAGACACCAGAGUGACUGUUAAGAGUUGA